AGCGACCAGUUGUUUUUGAUAACCAAAAUAUAUGUAUACAUACAUAUAUGUGCAUAUAUAAGCAAGUAUUUAUAUAAAAUUAGUAGAAUUGACAAGAUGUUCACUCUGAAAACUUUAUUAAAACGAGGUGCAAAUACAACGUUUCGCACAAUUACAACGAGCAACAGUACAUCCACAGCUGUGCGUAUUGUCGAGGUUGGACCAAGAGAUGGUCUACAGAAUGAGCCGAAAAUACUACCCGCCUCGGUUAAGAUUUCACUAAUCGACCAAUUGUCCGAGACAGGUCUUCGCACAAUCGAGGCCACCUCCUUCGUAAGUCCAAAAUGGGUACCACAAAUGGGCGACAAUGCAGAAGUGUUGCGGAGCAUACAAAAGAAAAGUGGAAUUAGUUAUCCAGUGCUGACACCUAAUUUAAAAGGUUUCGAAAGCGCACUCAAAGCUGGCGCAACCGAAGUAGCCGUUUUUGGUGCGGCAUCCGAUUCCUUUUCAAUGAAAAAUAUAAAUUGCACCGCAGCCGAAAGUAUAGAGCGCUUCCGACCGGUCAUAGAGGCGGCACAAAAAGCUGAUGUUAAAGUACGCGGCUACGUCUCAACUGUGGUUGGUUGUCCUUAUGAGGGCGCAGUGAAACCAAGUGCUGUGGCAAAGAUUGUGGACGCACUCUUUAGUAUGGGUUGUUAUGAGAUAUCAUUGGGCGACACUAUCGGCGUCGGUACGCCUGGUUCCAUGCGUAGCAUGUUGGAUGAAGUGGUGAAAGUGGUGCCGCCAAAUAAAUUAGCUGUACACUGCCAUGACACCUACGGACAAGCGUUAGCCAACAUUCUUGUCUCAUUAGAAUAUGGCAUAGCAGUGGUUGAUUCCUCCGUUUCGGGUCUCGGCGGUUGUCCAUAUGCGCGCGGCGCCUCUGGCAAUGUGGCCACUGAAGAUGUAGUUUAUAUGCUGCAUGGUAUGGGCAUAGAAACAGGCGUAGAUCUAGAGAAAUUAAUAGCGGUCGGCCGGUACAUUUGCAAUGAAUUGGGACGUCAAUCCGAGUCUAAAGUGAAUCGUGCCUGGAAAGGCGCACAGCCACAAAAGAAAUUGUAAAUGAGAAUUGUUAACAACGCAAAAUAGUGGCAUUAGCCUUUUAAAUUGAAACCGAAACUGCGAUAGUGUUGCAUUUAUCAAACUAGCUUUACUAGUCUAUGCAUUUAUUUUAGUUGUAAAAAUAAAGACAAACUUCAAUUCAGUAAACAA